UCGGUGUGCAUAAAAUUCUGAGUGUAAUUCCCAUUUAGUGCAUCAUGUGGAAAGCAGUCAGAAAAAGCAGUUAUGUGGGUGCGGCUGUGAUUCAUAUACUGAUGGUGGAAGUGGCAUGGGGAAAUAAUUUUCAGCAGUCUGGGGUAGGUUUGUUGUUGCCGGCGGAAUUCGACGAGAGUUCGAUGCCACCUCUCUACCGGUAUGAUAAUUAUGAAGAGUGUAUGGAAAAUGGUAGAACUUACUGCGUGGCGCGAAGUCUGCUGCAACCAGAUCCAUCCAGUAAACUUUGGUUGCAAAUCAAGAAUUUUAGUUCCGAUGUGCGCCACUUCCGGCAUUACCUCUUGGAUCGCGGAAUUUGCAUAGACCAGUGCUUGAACAGUUUGAGUGGCUCCAGUAAAAAUCAACGCGAUGAAUUGUUGGUGGCCCCAUUUGAAAUGGACUUCAACUUUCGCUUCAACAAGAAAUACUUUCCUCGAUUGGAGAAACACCAGGAGUUUUACGCAGAUAUUGUGAAUGAAUGCAUUAACCUUCAAUUGCAAUCAGUCGCAAAGUUGAAAGCUUACUCUGACAUCGAGUAUUGUCAAGAUGCCCAGAACUUUUUCGAACCUUUUGAUUUUUUGGAUGUUGUUUGCACUGCUAUAAUUUGUGUCCUGCUUGGCUUGACAGUUCUUAGCACAAUUUUUGAUUAUUAUUUACGUAAUAAGUUGGAUAAAGAAAAUUACCUUUCAACUCAGCAUGAACAAAUCGAACAUCAAUUUGCGACAAUUUACUCCAUUCCUCGUAACCUCGUUUCACUGACUGUUCCACCCAAAUCAACAUUAGGACAGGACUUCCGGUUUAUCGAGGGAAUUCGUUUUAUAACCAUGACUGCGAUUAUCUACCUUCACACAACAGUUAUGCUUAUGAAUGUUCCCUCGGAACUUCCAGAAUUAUUUGAGCAAACACUGUACAAUCCAGUUUUGACCACGCUAUCGCUUUUCACUCCGAAUCUGGUCCAGUCGUUCUUUACAAUCGGAGGUAUACUUUUGGCGGUAAAUCUGCAGGAUGCGUUGGAAAAUGACGUCACCAGCCGCUGGAAGCUUUUAGUAAAUAAAUUGAAAACACGACUGAAGCGCAUUUUUCCGCUGUAUUUGUUUGUUAUUUUGCUUACGGCGUCCGUUUUUCGCCACUUGAAGCUGGGUCCCCUUCAUGGUAGGAUCAUUGGAGUGGAGUCACAAAACUGCCGCUGGAACUGGUGGAUCAAUGUGUUAUUUUUGAACAAUUACGUUAAGGUUGAAGAGACUUGCAUCCAACCGAGUUGGUAUCUUAGUGCUGAUUUUCAGUUUUUCACGUUUGGGUUACUGGUAUUAGCUUCCAUGAAAUGGUACCCAAGGUCCACUAAAUACUGGAUAGUAACAAUGAUUUUGAUCAACUUUCUUGGACCCGGUCUAACGAUGUGGAUUUCGGAGCUACCUCCGUUGAUGGCAACGGGGACCAGGCCUGUCCUAUUGCUGUUCACCGAUGACGAAUGGUUCGCACGGUUGUACAAACCUUUUCACACGAGUAGCGCCGGCUAUUUUUACGGUGUGCUGGCUGGAGUGGUGUAUCAUCGCGCUAAGCCCGCUGGGCAAGCCCUACUCAGCCGUAAUGUUUUUCAGAUUUUGAAGGUAUCAGCUUUGCUGGUAGUGGUUGUGUGUUACGCACCUUCCUACUUAAUAUACGAGACUGACUGGAAGUUCUUUUGGUGGGGUCCUGUUUAUGGUGCUAUAUCCAAGAACUGUUGGGGCUUUUUCUGUUCGGUUUACUUCAUUGAAAUGGCACUAAAUGGAAGGAAUCGCUUAAGGAUACUUCUGGAACACGACUUUCUGUUGCCACUCGGGAAGUUGACUUACAGCGUUUACCACAGUCACUACUUGAUAUUGAUGGCAUUUUCCAGCAUCAUACGCGCGCCGGUAGAAAACAACGUGCUUACACCGGUUCUGUACACGGCGAUCGCGCUGGUACUUUCGUAUGGACUGGGAUUAGUAAUUUUUCUGCUGGUAGAACAACCGGCAGCUAAUCUGCUGACCAGCAAGAACAACUAUCUCGAACGGAUCACCCGGUGGGCGGUGCAGCAUUCGGAGAAAUAUGUGAAAAAAAUUAAUAAAUCAUGAUAGUGGUUGAGUA